ACGUGCAGCCGGGGAGGCGUGCGUGCGGGUGCGCGAUCGUGCCCGCGCACAGAGGCGUUUCCAGGCGAUUUCUGCAGUUGUAGUUAAAAGGAGUUUGAGAGACGCCGCCUGAGGAAACGCUGGAGAAGUUGCGGUUUGAAGUUUGGUUUCGGCGUCAAACAAACAAACAAAAAAACCCAAACAUAACAGACAUCGCCGGGUAGUUCUUGGCUUUGGACGUUUCCUUCGCCUUUCGGGAUCCUGGGUGCCAGUGCCCUGGGGGUGUACAUGUGUGUGUUUUUGGUCACUUGUGCUGAAACAGUUGUGUGAUGAGGGACAGGUUGGCCGACCUGACAGCCAGCAGCAAAUAUGAAGAUGCUGAAUGUAGUGUUGCCAUUGAAAGAGAUGCGCAUAUGGAUAGCUUCUUUAAGAAGGUCGAGGAGGUUCGGUCAACUAUAGAUAAAAUUUCCAAUGAAGUAGAAGAAGUGAAGAAGAAACACAGUAUCAUCCUGUCUGCCCCCAAUCCCGAGGACAAGACUAAAGAAGAACUUGAGCAGCUUACCAUCGAAAUCAAGAAAAAUGCCAAUGCUGUUCGAGCCAGGUUAAAAUCAAUGGAACAAAACCUAGACCAGGAUGAUAAUGCAAACCGAUCAUCAGUGAACUACAGGAUACAGAAAACCCAGCACACCAUAUUAUCCCGGAAGUUUGUGGAGGUCAUGACACAAUACAACGAUACUCAAGUAUCAUUUCGGGAGAGAAGUAAAGGGCGAAUACAGAGACAGCUGGAGAUAACUGGAAAAGUUACAACAAGUGACGAACUGGAAGACAUGUUGGAAAGUGGGAAUCCUGCUAUUUUUACAUCUGAUAUCAUAUCAGACUCCCAGAUCACUCGCCAGGCUUUAAAUGAAAUUGAAUCCCGACACCAAGACAUCAUGAAACUGGAAUGCAGCAUUCGGGAACUGCAUGAGAUAUUUACGGACAUGGCAAUGAUAGUGGAGACACAGGGGGAAAUGAUAAACAACAUAGAAAAAAAUGUAACUAAUGCAGCUGAAUAUGUAGGUCGUGCCAAAGAAGAGACUAAAAAAGCUGUGAAGUACCAAAGUAAAGCACGACGGAAACAGUUUAUUUUAGCUAUAUGUGUAGCUGUGGCCCUCCUCAUUCUAGCUAUUAUCUUAGGAACGACCUUGUCAUAAUACCUGCCCUCCCAAUGGCCAUGGAGGGACAUCUCUCAAGCUACACAAGCGAAGAGCUUCUCUCAAGACUCUGAAACGAAAGCAAAGGUUCUUGAGAAGCUGUCCGAUGUUGAGCUUCGCCUGCUUUGCUCAGCAGCAUUAUUUCAAGUCUCGAGCAGGGAACUUGCACUCCGAGCAAAGGAUUUGUAUCCCAGCAGAAGCGAUCGGUUUUCCUGUGGAGCACUUGCCUCUCUUCUUUAUUUCAGUCAUCUGAGCAACUGCCGUCAACCCUUUCUGGGCCUGUAGAAGAUAGCAGAGCUUUCGUUGUCACAUUCCGUUACCUCGGGCUUCGUUUUCUCACUCCAGCUGUUCCAUUGUCUCUGUUGGCCUUGGCUAAACAGUGUCAUUCUAUGUAGUGAUAAAAAGAGGUUCUGUUCUUACAGCGGUUCAGACUCUACUCUCGCACACCAGCCCUUCACCCCUCUUUUUAAAAUUGAUCACUUCCGUUUUGGGAUACCUAAUCUUUUACAAGGUUUGCACCUGUUGCACACUUAAUGUUUUUUUUUUUAAGUUCAGUUUCAUAGCGAUGAUUUCCUUUACCUUAGAAGUUGUGCCUCUCUUACAGAAGAUGAUAUGAAUGUAAUUCUUUUUAUUAGAACUCCACUGCAGAAAACACUCCCCCUGAAGCAGAAAUGUAUAAUACAGAGAACCUGCUAAAUGAUCUCCUGCUUACCAAGCCAUAUUUUAGAACAUUACAUCUAUUAACCAGAAGGUGUAAGCUGAAAAAAAUAGAUGUUUUGUAUUAAAUAUUUUAUGUAGCUCCUGAUGUUUUUAAACCUAUAAAUAGCUAUAACUUUGCACAGUACAGGUGUUUUUUAUUGUUUUACUAAGCCUUAAUAUUGAUAACUGUGAUUAUGAUCAUAAAAUGCCUGAGAAGUGACUGAUGAAUGUGGGGUUAGAGAAAAGCACUGUGCAAUAUUUGUACAGUAAAGCAAUAUAAUUUAUGAAGUAGUCUUUUUUACACUUUUUUUUUUUACAUUGUAACAUGAAACAAAUCAAAAUUCCUCACUGUGUAUUAGAUUGUUUGGUUGUUAUAUAGACAAGUAGAAGUAUCAUAUUAAAAGUUUUACAAAUGACAAAUCCAUGAAAGUUUUUUACCAAAAAAUAUUUUUCUCUUGAAAUUCUGUGGCAUAAUUUGAACUGGUUUUGCAAUUUUUAAAGAAAACAAAGAAUGCAUUCCCAGAUUUUGUAAAAGGUAUAUUUUUAAGGGAAACAUUAAUAAUCACUGUGAAUAUACAGUAUCUAAACUACCUUUGCUGUUCCUGUCCAGAGCAGUACAGAUAUAGCCAGAAUUAAUUUCUUAGAAUUGGAUUGCUUCUUUAUGUAUUGAGAUGUAUAGUUUCUUAAGCAUGCCUUUGGUUAGAUCUGCUUCUGUUUGGAAGCUGGUGUGUUUCUGUCUUAUACAAGCACCAAAGUUCUCUUUAAGGCUCUUUCAUAUAAAUCUGCAUUGGAUGAAGUCACAUUUCUGUGCAUUUGUGAAUCCAGUUAUCAAAUGUUUCUUGUUACCAAUCAAUGCUUUACAUUGUCACUUUUACUUAGUGAUACACCGUUUUAAAAUUUUGGAACAAAAAAUCACUAUGGAGACUGGAAAAAAUAAAGAUGCUUUUUUAAUAUUUGAUGUCUUAAUUUGGGAAGGGGGUUGUAGACUUUAACCUGUAGCAGGUGUUAAUGAUAUCCCAAACUGGUACAUUUUCUAAGCUUGUGUUUUUUCAACAAAACUGCCGAUUUUCACCAGGUAGCGGAACAAAAUUCAUAUUUAUUUUUCCGCCUUGCUUGUGGUUGUGUAUACUUUUGAGGUUUGGCUCAAAACCUGUGUGUGCUUCCUUAUUUGUACUCCAGAAAUACAGGGUGCUUUUUGUGUAUACUCAUACAUAUAGUCCUACCUGUCCAGAGUGAAUUUGGGAGCCUGUACCAACCCAAAUCAUGCUGGGGAAGUGGACAAAUAAGACCGAAGCUAUAUAGGCUAAAAUUGGUUAAUCAAUUUGUAUCAGUUGAUGAGCUGUAAAAGUGGAAAAUUAAGAAGGGCAGAUAUUUAUGUAUUUCUUUAAAAUUCUAAACUAUCCAUUUCUACAUUUCUCUACAUUGUCUAACUUGUUUAGACAGAAACAACUAACUGGAAUAUAUGCAAGUUUCAUUGUGAAAAUGGAGCCCUUUUGUUCUGUGUUUUAAACAAGCCAAAAAAUGAGUGUGGUUCCAACAGUCUUCUCCAGCAUAUUUUCUUCAGUCGUGUCGUGUAUUUAGAUUUUAACUUCACAUGAAAAAUAAGAUAAUCCUCUAAACAGUAUUUCAUUUGUGUCUUAAUUUUUCAUCCCUUAUGCCAUGUUUUUUGUUUGUUGUUUGCUUAAUUUCCUUUGGCCUUUUAACAGACCACGAUACAAGUUUUCUUAUUAGGGUAUACUCACACCUAAAUAAGAAGGUUUACACUUUUACAGUCUCUGGGUGUUUUAAAGAAUAGUUUAGGAGGCAGAUGGAAGAUAAGAUCAUUUCAUUCCUUUUCAACUUAAAACUGGUUUUCGGUUGGGGGUUAUUAAAGUAACCUAAAGAGGGUGGAAUGUUAUCUUAAUAGUUCUGUUACAAGGUUAUUUAAACCUUUGGCAGACUGUGCAAAAUGCUUUCCAUAACAUUCUCAAGGAUGUGUGUGUGAGCUGUACAGUGUGAAUCUGUUGUUGCUGGAGUUCAAAUAGUAGGUAGCCUGUUGCUAAUGUUAUUACGAUCUGUGGGUUGACAGUCAUUUCUGUCGUGUACACCUGUGGUCGGAAGAUGAUUUUUUUAACUGCUGCUAUCUAUUGUAUUUUCUCACAAUGCUGGGUCUGCCUACCUUCGACAUUCCUCAGAAUACACAUGAAAGUGUUCCUUUGUCUACUGUGUCAAAGUCUUUGUGCUCUUAGCCUUUCUGAUGAAUGUCUUUUAUUUUUCUACAUGUUGUCUGAUUUAAUUCAUGAAAUGCAACUCAAGGUGGAAAUGUUUCAAGUUUCUAGGUUACAUUUACUAUAGUAUACCCUGGGUUACUUGCAGGGUCCAGUACAGUAAAGAGCACAGAAAAUGGAAUGUACCCAUAGGACAAAAUAAAUCACACAAAGUAAAGUGGUUGGUAAAAAUGUGAAACUUCUACGGAUAUCGGUAAAUUAACAUGAUGGUUGCCAUUGUUGUACCGUGAGUUUAUUUCCACUUACAGGUUUGUAAUCUUGUGUAGAUGUUGUUUCGACCUUCUCCCUUUAUAUAUACACUGGUUUUCUUCUUCAUUUGUAUCUGCAACAGAAAAGAUAGUCAUGGGUGCAUGUGCCUUUUCUAAAACAAUUAUUUGUGCAAUGUUCUUGUUUGUGUAAUAUGCUAAACUCCUUUUAUUAUAGUCUCAUCAUAAUUCACAGUGUGACUUGUUAUAGUCUAGUGCUGCAGUACAUAACUAUUUUAAACCCAUGUCUCUUCUUGGUCCUUCUACCAGAGUAUAAAAUUAAUACUAUUAUUAAUAAUUGAGCCUGUUAUUGUACCCAGUGUAAUGUAACAAUGUAUCUAUACAGUACCUUAUUACAUUGUUUUGUUAGCUAUAAAAUAGAUGUAAUAAACAAUUUUAACUGCUCAAAGA